AUGACAACCACGAUGCCUAAGGCAGUCGCUGUGAAGGAGGCUGUCAAGGAGACCCUCAUAGGGUCUGAGGAGCCUGUGCAGGUGUCUGCACAGACAAAGGCCCGCUUCAAUUCCAAUGCUGUGAAGGACGCCGAGUCCGGAGAGCUCUACAUGGGUCCCGACCAGUUCAUCGAUGCUGUCGCCCCUUCAGACGAGGACUAUCACAAAAUCAAGCGAGACCAGUAUGGCCUGCUCUUCCAGGUCGCCGACCGACAAAACAAAGGCCGCAUCACCAUGCCAGACUGGGCAUACUUCGAGAACCUCCUUAACAAGCCGGAUGCCGAGUACGAAAUUGCAUUCCGACUCUUCGAUGUUGAGCGACUUGGAUCUGUCAAGUAUGAGGAUUUCCGCCGGCUUUACGAGCUAAACAAGGGACCUGAAAGCAUCCCCUUCGAUUGGGAUUGCGAGUGGGCCAAGCUGUAUAUCGGCAGCAUCAAGAAGAGACACGCAAUGGAUUACCAGCAGUUCUCCCAGAUGCUGCGGGGUCUGCAGGGCGAGAGGAUCCGACAAGCCUUCCUGCUUUUCGACAAGGACGGCGAUGGGUACAUCGAACCCGAGGAUUUCGAGCGCAUCAUCCUCGAGACGUCCAGACACAAGCUGUCCGACCACCUCCUCGAGCACCUCAGCACCCUGUGCAACAUCUCCAAGGGCAGCAAGAUCUCGUACGCCAACGUGCGUGCUUUCCAGAACAUGAUUAAGGAGAUGGAUCUGGUAGAGCUCAUUGUCCGCCGCGCAUGUUCCAAGAGCUCCGAUGGCAAGAUCACCCGCACCGAGUUUUUGAACCAGGCCGCCAAGGUCACCCGGUUCUCACUCUUCACUCCCAUGGAGGCCGACAUCCUGUUCCACUUUGCCAGCAUUGACGAGCCAUCCGGCCGCCUGGCCCUGAGAGACUUUGCCAAAGUGUUGGAUCCAUCUUGGAGGAGCCCAGCUUACGACGAUCGAGCCGACAGCGCCGCUCUCACCCAGGCCAAGUCCAAAGGCGCAGCCAUCCUCAACAAGGUCCUCGAGUCUGGGUACAACUUUGCUCUCGGCAGUCUGGCUGGCGCUUUCGGUGCCUUUAUGGUCUACCCUAUUGACCUUGUCAAGACUCGAAUGCAGAACCAGAGAAGUGCCGCGGUGGGGCAGCAGUUGUAUAACAACUCAAUUGACUGCUUCCGGAAGGUUGUUCGCAACGAGGGUGUCCUUGGUCUAUACUCGGGUGUCUUGCCGCAAUUGGUCGGCGUGGCCCCGGAGAAGGCUAUCAAGCUGACCGUCAACGACCUCGUACGGGGAUGGUUCACGGACAAGAAGACAGGCAGCAUCCCUCUGCCAGCUGAGAUCCUGGCCGGUGGAAGCGCUGGUGGUUGUCAAGUGGUCUUUACCAACCCCCUCGAGAUCGUCAAGAUUCGAUUGCAGGUACAAGGCGAAGCCGUCAAGUCAGGCGCUGAGACUGCACCCAAGCGAUCGGCGAUGUGGAUUGUCCGUAACCUCGGUCUCGCCGGCCUCUACAAGGGAGCUUCCGCCUGCUUGCUCCGCGACGUGCCCUUCUCCGCAAUCUACUUCCCCACUUAUAGCCACUUGAAGAAGGAUCUGUUCGGAGAGUCGCCAACCAAGAAGCUUGGAAUUAUCCAGCUCCUGACGGCGGGCGCCAUUGCCGGUAUGCCUGCGGCCUAUCUCACCACCCCCGCCGACGUGAUCAAGACGCGUCUCCAGGUGGAAGCCCGCAAGGGUGAUACUACCUACAACGGCUUGACCCACGCUGCCAGGACCAUCAUGAAGGAGGAGGGUUUCAAGGCGUUCUUCAAGGGUGGUCCAGCGCGUAUCUUCCGAUCCUCGCCACAGUUCGGCUUUACCCUUGCCGCAUAUGAGCUCCUCCAGCGUACAAUCCCAUUCCCAGGCGGCGAAAAGAGUCAGACCGGCAGUGGUGUCUCGGAGGUGAUGGCGACACUCAAGGACAAGAUCGACACAAGCCCAUUUGCGAGGAGCAGGAACUCGCUCAAGAUCAUUCUGGACCUGGAUGAGGACUUUGGACGGGCGAAGUUUCCAGAUGCGAAGGGAUGGAAGAACCUCCCCUCUUUUAUGCAGGGUAGCAACCCCAAGGCAUAA